UGGAUUAGUUAGUGAGACAAUUUAAGGGGCUGGUAGACAGGUAAAGAGGGAGUGGUCUCUGACAUGUGUAACUAGAAAAAUGAAAGAAUGUUCCAUGAUGUAAGAAUGUGUGUGUGUGGUGUGGAGGAAACAAAGUGGACAGUGAACACGUCUCAGCAUGAUCUGAGUUUGACUAAUGCAAUCAUGAAGGUGGCAGCUUUCAACAUCCAGAGGUUUGGGACCAAUAAGGUCUCAGACCCCAAAAUCCUUUCCAUACUUAUCAAGAUAGUUUCUCGCUACGACAUCAUUGUCAUCUUGGAAGUUGUGGAUGCCAAGGAGAAAUCAGUCAAAACCUUCUUGCAGGAACUUAACAAAGCCAACAAGGAGCAUCGCUACACCAUGGAGAUCAGCACUCGUCUGGGCAGAACUAGAUACAAGGAACAGUACCUGUUUCUCUACAGGGAUGAUGUGGUGGAUCUGAUAGACACCUACCAGUUUGCAGACAAACAAGCAGGUCAGGAGGACGCGUUUGCCAGGGAACCAUACGUCCUCCGCUUCAAAUGCCACAACACUGUGAUGAAUGACCUUGUGCUGAUGGCAGUGCACACAAAACCUGUUGGAGCAGAAAAGGAGCUGGACGAGCUGUACAACGUCUUCCGAGACGUGCAGCACAAGUGGGGGACUGACAACAUUAUGAUCCUCGGGGACUUCAAUGCAGAUGGCUCCUAUGUCUCCAAGGAAGAAAUGAAGGGCAUCCGUAUUCGCAGCGACAAGAACUUUCAUUGGCUGAUCAGUGAUGAUGUUGACACCACUGCGAAUCAUAAAAACGACCACACUUACGACAGGAUAGUGGUCUAUGGAGAUGACAUGCUGGCUGCCAUUGUUCCAGACUCAGCCAAACCUUUCAACUUCCAGCAGGAAUAUGGACUGACUUAUGAGCAGACCCUAGAUGUGAGUGACCACUACCCUGUAGAGGUUGAGCUGAAGAAAAGGAAAAAGUCCAAGCGCCAACAGGAAGAAAAAUUAAGCAAAGAACACAGGAGGGAGCCCUCCACAGGACGGGGCUUCUCCAGCAAUCAGGGUCGCCCCCUGGUGGAAGGAGUGGAAGGGGGCGUGUCUUCAGACCCUGGUGGCAGCAGCUCAGAAACCCAGGCAUAUGUACAGGUGACAGGAAAUACAGAGGUGUUGCUGCCACCAACCACUGUCGUCCCACAGUGCCAUACAGAGGAAGAGGAACUUCUUCCUCCCCCUGAGCCUAGGGCCUCCACUUCAAGGCCAGGACAAAAACACGAGGUUGGAGCAGACAAUGUGACGGCCCUGUAUAAAAAAACCCUGGAGCUCGAUAUAGAGUACAAGAGGCUUUUAAUUGAAAAAACAAGGCUGGAGAUAGAAAAACUGGAAUAUGAGAAGAAGGAAAGGGAGAACACAUGAAGAUGUAUUUGUUAAAUGUUUUUCUACAUUUUGUUCUUUUUAUACUUUUUUGUGGCUUUGAGUCUUUUGUGGGGGGUUUCAAUUUAUUUGUAUUUUAAUGUCUUAUUUAUAGUUUCGGAAACAUUCUAUAUAAGUGAAUAAAACAAAUCAAUGAAAGUA